UUUUCUUCCUCAUUGGAAAGAAGAAAAUCCCUCCAGAGAAACUCCAACAAAGCAGUGAGAGAGCCCUCCCGGUGCAGAAGAAGAUGGCCCAGAGGUCUCUGAAAGUGGAGGCAUCCAAGGAUAUUUCUGGAAUCCGUUUCCUGCCUUCAAAACAUCAGAAAAUAAAAGGAAAUCUUUCGGUCAGAUUGCAGGAGACCGUUGGAGAGACACCGUCACGUGACCCCCGGUACCAAAUGGUCUUCCGGCAGUGGCUCUCAACAAGGACCGGAGCACAAGAAGACGCCGCCACUUCUCUCAGAAAUGCAGAAGACAACAUACUACGACAACUCCUCUGCGCUUUUCGGUGGCUACUCAUCCUACCAGGUGCAGGGGGCGGCAGCGGCGGCAGCAGCAGCCGCCAACGGCUUUGGGGGCUACGAUGCACCGGUCCCAGUGUCCCACCACCAGCCGGCCUUCCAGUCAGCAACCCAUCUGGAUGUGGAUUCCUACCAGCGCUCGGCCUGCUCUUUGCAGUCACUGGGCAGCAACAGUGGCCACCAGCAGCAGCUAGCCAAGACCAAGGAGCUGAAUGGCAGCUGCAUGCGGCCCAGUCUGCCGCCUGAGCACCACCCCGGCUCCCAGGUGUCCCCUCCACUGCCCCCCAACCCCAUCAACGGUAAUACUGGGGCUCAGCAGCCGGGGGGCAGUGCUGGGGCCUCCUCACUCUCUAAAUCAGGCCCCAAUAAGUCGUCUAAUUCUUCCUCGUCCACAUCAUCUUCCACAUCGUCCUCUUCCUCUUCACUUCCCCCCAACCCGACUAUGGCCAAGCAGAUCUUUCCCUGGAUGAAAGAGUGUCGACAGGCGACCAAGCAGAAAAACAGUUCACCCAGCAACAACUCUGGCAAUGUAUCAGGAGGAGCUGAGAGUGGCAGCAGCGGGGAGAAGAGUCCUACUGGUGGGUCGUCAGCAUCAUCUAAGCGGGCUCGUACGGCUUACACUAGUGCCCAGCUGGUGGAGCUGGAGAAGGAGUUCCACUUCAACAGGUACCUGUGCCGGCCGCGGCGCGUGGAGAUGGCCAAUCUGCUCAACUUGUCCGAACGCCAGAUCAAGAUCUGGUUCCAGAACCGACGCAUGAAAUACAAAAAGGACCAGAAGUCCAAGGGCCUGAGCUCCAGCUCUGGAGGGCCCUCACCAACUGGCUCCCCACCUCUGACCAUGCAGUCCUCAGCCAGCUUUCUCAACUCAAUGCACCCCAUGGUAGGGGGAGGCGGGGCAGGCUACGACGUCCCAUCUCCGCCAUCCUUCGGCAAGCCCCACCAGGGAGUGUCUUACUCCAUGUCCACUGCCUACUCCAAUGUCCCCAUGAAGGGCUGCCCCCCCCAGCAGAAGUAUGGCGCACCAGACCCGGACUACGGCGACCCCCAUCCUCACCACGGCCUAGUACAGGCCAACAACGCUGGCUACGGGACUCCCACUAACAUGCAGGCCAGUCCAGUGUACGUGGGGGGUGGCAGCUAUGUGGAACCCAUGCCUGGCUCGGGGCCCUCCAUGUACGGGCUAAACCACCUCGGCCCCACGCCACCGCACCACCAAAACAUGGACUACAAUGGUGCAGGGCCCAUGUCAGCCGCCAACCAGCACCACGUGAGCGGAGGGGGCCCCCCAGGUCCCUGUGACCCGCCCACACACCCGACGUACACCGAGCUGUCGGCGCACCACACCUCGACUCAGGGCAGAAUCCAGGAAGCACCCAAGCUCACUCACCUGUAGCAGGUUUGGAACAAAAUUACAACGUAGGAAAUAGUGAAGACAACACAGAACACGACGUGACUCACUAACAGACUAACUAACAUGUGGGGACUCUACUGCUGCAGCGGGACAGCAGGAGAGACAAAAGAAGACAGACAGGAGCCAUCCAGUGGUUUGUCCUGUGCUCUGCAGCCACAGAGAGCCCUCCCUGUUUCCACUGCCUCCUCAGAUUUAGAGCUAGAGCUUUCACUGUUACCUUAAAAAUGUAGUUAAUUGAACUGCAAAAAUACAAAGGUUGUGCCUGUUAUCAAGUAGCAUCGAUGAACACAAACCAUUCAUGUUUCCAAAAGAGUCACUGAAAGACGCAUUUCUGCAGUGUAGAAGUACUGAAAUCAAUGGUAGCUGCCACAACACUUCCAUGGAUUUUUAAAACUGGGACCAAACUUAGUCUCUGCUCCUGAAACAUCUUCAUACAGGAAAUGAGGAAGCCACAUUUUUAAAGCAUUUAACAGAGCAUUAUCAGUUUUUUAACUUCCAUGAAAAUGAAACGGUUAAUUUAACUUACACGUUCAAAGCAGCUUAAUGUUUUAGGGUACAUUAUUAUUAUAUAUUUAUAUAUUUUUAGGACUCUAGGUUUCUUUUCCCAUGUUUACAUAUUUAACAUAAACCUUUUUAGAGCAAUUUACACUCUACCCUAAGUGUUCCCGGGCAGUGAGGCAUAUUUUAGGCGUGGGAGAAGAAGUGUAGAGUCAAUUGUCUCCCACGUCCCCUGGGGACAAUAAAUGUCAGUAAGCUCAUCUUGUGUCACUGGUGCAGAGACAUAUCGGCAGCUGUAUGGCAUAAGAGGAUCUAUGGUGAGCACUAUUGUUUAGUCAGUAUUACACUGAUAAUCUACUGCACAGUCCAUCAGAAAACACUGUGCACUGUAAUCAAACAAAGCAGAUGUCAGUUCAAAAAAUAAAUCAAAAUUCUCAACAACCCCCCAAAAAAUCCAAUAUGAAAGAAACAUAAUUUGGUAAAAUGUGUAAUAUUUAACUUACUCAGCAAAAUAAUUGCAAAACAAUUUUUGUGUAGGUGUAGCAAAUUUCAGCAGUAGCUCAGCUGGCAUGUUGUCAGAGCAAGUAUGUGGUUUAAAGUUGUAUUUUGGUUAUAAAAUCUUCUCCUUAACACACACAUAUACAAACAGCUCUCCCGCCUACUAAAUGAAAUAGUUGAUAUUUUAAUGGGCAGUUAACGAGGUGGUUAGAUUUAUGACGCUGAGCUCUCUCCCCCUCGAGGCAACACAUGUUGUUGUCAGCCGAGCUGAGCUAUAUGGAGGACUCUGCCUCUCCAUCAGCCUGAGAGGGAGAACAGAAAUAUAUGGCUGGAGCUGGCAGCACUCGUCUUCCUCUGUUCCCCUCCAUCCACAAAGCACAUAAAACCACUGGAUGGCCUUCCCUUCACUGUCUCUUUCUGCCUCCUGCCUCUCUGUCAGUCCAGACUGAAUCACUACUAACACACCGUCUCCUGUCUGUGGCAGCAGCACAUGGCUUCUGAAGGAGGCAACAUUUCCCACAAUCCGCCACAGACCACCCCCCCCCCCCCCCACACACACACAUCCAUCACCACACAUGCACCCACCAUCAAUCUAACAGGGUUUAAGAAGCUAUAUGAGCUCAAAGGCUAGAAGAGCUCCCAUAGACACACAUCUGUGCUAAGCUACUUUAGUUUAUCACACAUCCACACACACACACACACACACACACACACACACACACACACACACACACACACACACACACACACACACACACACACACACACACACACACACACACACACAGAUCAAUGCUGAGCUUGCUUCCUUUCGUUGACACACAUCCACAGCCAGGUUAUGCCAGCUGUUGACAUCUUUAAACAAACACAUGAGAGGACAUGGAAGAGACAUUUUUAAUGUUCUUAUUUUAGCACAUCAUCGACACAGGGUAAAUAAUUAGAGUGGAGAACACUAUUUAUUUAUAUUUGGCGAAGGCAUUGCCCUCCCCUCUCUCUCUCUCUCUCUCUCUCUCUCUCUCUCCUCUCGCUUCU